UAAAAUAAGUUUGAACACUGGUCAUGGUUGCUUGGUGGAGAAUAAUUGAGAAAAUGUGUUUAAGCAUAAUAGAUGAACAAAAUAACAUGAUGUGAAGAUGAAAUGAUGUCAACUGAUAAAAAAGACUCUCUAGUUUGGAGUAAAGGAGACCCUUGUCUGUCCCCAUAUUCUGGUGACAAUGACCUUUACAGAGGGGUCAUUAGGAAGUUUAAAAGGUCACCAGGAGGUGAUGUGCUGGCGUUAGUGAAGUUUGACGGAUAUGGUGAAGAUGAUAUAGAAGAGGUCAAAGUUGAAUUACUUGAAAAGGUCAAGACUAGUACAAAAGUUAAAGAAAAAGCAUGUGGCAGAAAGAAAGAAAACUCUCGGGCCUUUACUCAGGGAGGAAUGUUCAGUCCAUUAGAGGGGAGUGAAGUUAGUCAAAGACUGAAAGAGAAAUAUGACAGGGAUGCGGAGGAUGAAAUUUCUGUAAAAAGUCAAAAGCUGUCAUCUGUUUUGUUCGGGAAGAAGUCCCCUGGUUCCAGCUCUUGUUCCACAUCAGGAUCAGGGAACAAGUCAAGGAAACCAGUUGUUGUGACUGGUGGAGAACAGUUAAAAGUGAAUAGCAAAAAUAAGAAGCUUACAGACAAAAGUCAAUUUGUUGAGCCAGAUUCCCCAAAUGUUGGCCGUUCUCGAAAACAGCAGCUGAACAUCACAGGUGGACAGGCAAAGAAUUCAGACGAUGAAUUGAUAACUAGUAAGAUCCUGUCAGAUAUAUCGUCCAUCGUGGACUCUCGUAAAGUAAAGAAAGCGUUGAUGAGACACUCGGAACACACAAUGUCUUCAUCAGAUGAUGAAAGUCAGCCUAAGUUUGAUAAAGACAUAAAUUACAUGAAAUCAAAGGAAGUCAACAAAAGAUCUGACAAGCACAGUGAGCGUGCAAUGUCGUCCUCAGAUGAUGAGAACUGUGGAUUUAAUGAAGAAGAUAUGGAGAAACCAAGGUUUAUAUUUAAACCAGAUGGAGUUAAAGUUCCUCUUAUACUCUCGGGUGAUGAUGAAGAUAACAUUGUCCAGGUACCUGGGACAUUGAAUCAAUAUCUGAGAGAUUAUCAAAGGGAGGGAAUCAAAUUUCUGUACAGUCAUUAUAUGGAGAAUAGAGGGGCAAUUCUUGGAGAUGAUAUGGGACUUGGUAAAACAGUGCAGGUGAUAGGAUUUUUAUCAGCAUUGUUAGACAAGCAGGGUAACAGAGUAGAUGUGAUGAGACAGAAACCCAGGUUUAUUAGAAAGUUAUCUGACUCAGCUAGUGUGAGAAGAGAUACUCCUAGUAAAGGUCCAUUCCUCAUUAUUGGUCCAGGAUGUGUACUGUAUAACUGGUUAGAGGAGCUGGAGACAUGGGGAUACUUCUCUGUCAGGAAGUACCAUGGAUCAGACAAGUCAGAGUGUUUAAAGGAAAUAAAGAAAGGAAAGUUAGAGAUAGUGGUUACAACAUUUGAGACAUUCAGAGAGCAUAUGGCUGAUUUAAAUGCAAUAAAGUGGGAUGCUGUUAUUGUUGAUGAAGUUCAUAAGAUCAAGGAAAUGAAAGCAAAAACGACAAAGGCUUUAAGAGAGAUCAAUACAAGUAGAAGAUUUGGUUUGACUGGUACAGCAUUACAGAAUACUUUGUUGGAGUUUUGGAGUAUAUUAGACUGGGCACAACCAGAUUGUUUAGGUUCACAAGCUGAUUUCGUUCACGAGUUUGUACGACCUAUAGAAAGUGGUCAGAGACAUGAUGCUAACAAAAGAGAGUUGGCAACAGCAAGAAAACAGAAGAAUAAACUUGCUGAGAUAAGGAAGACAAUGAUGAUAAGAAGAGUGAAAAGCCUAAUUGCUGAUCAGCUACCUAAGAAAGAUGACAGUGUUGUGUUCUGUAAACUAAGUCAGUUACAAGUCAGUAUAUAUCGUACAAUACUGGAGCAGCCUGGGAUGGAUUAUGUUAUACACGGUGAUGACCCUUGCUCGUGUGAUAGCGGCGAACCUCAGAGUAAAUGUUGUAAACAGAAAACCCCUGAAGGUCAGUCAAUCAGAUCAUUACGUUUCACAUUUAUGCAUUUACUACUGAAGACAUCCAACCAUGUGGCAUUGCUCAUUCCGACACAGAAAACCAGUGAGAGACAGGCUACGACGGCACGUAAAAUCUGUAAGGCUGCCUUGAAGGAACAUCCAGAAUUUGUCGCACAAACUAAAGAAGCAUCUUUUAAGACACUUUCUGAUCCAAAAUAUUGUGGCAAAAUGAAGAUACUGCAGGGAUUGUUGAAAGUGUUUUAUAAAGAACAUUCUAAAGCUCUCGUUUUUUCCUACUCAACUCAGGUAUUAGACAUAAUUGAACAACAUUUGAUGAGUACAGGUUAUGAAUUUAGAAGAAUUGAUGGAUCAGUGUCAGCUAAGAAGAGAAUGAUUGUGGUGCGAGAGUUUAACAUGGAUCCUAAUAUCUUUAUAUGUCUUAUCUCAACUAAGGCUGGAGGUUUGGGGGUUUUGAAACCUUACCUGGGAGCCAACAAGGUUGUUAUAUUUGACCCUAAACUGGAACCCCAACAAUUGACCUACCAGGCACAAAGACAGUUUGGUUUGUUACUUGAAAUUGGUGAAUCCUGUAUCACUAGAGACAUAAUUAAGAGAAAUGAGAGAGUUGAAUCUGCCCUGGAAGGAUUCGAGACAGCACAGUAUGUACCUCCGGUGGUUCGUGUCGAGGAAGAUGAGGAUUACGAGGAGUUGGUUGCCGAGGGAAAUACCUCACCCUCACUUCCCUCACCAGCCUCCGAGUCAGAGGAUAUAUUUGCUCAGUUUUUCUCUGCCUCUGAUGAAUCAGAUAUAGAAGAACACCGGAACAACCUAGAAGGGAUCAAUUCCUUAGAGUUGACUGAUAAUACAUCAAGAGCCAUGGGGUGUGGAAAUAGUAAGAUUGAGAAAAAAAAGAAAAGUUUCAAGAACCCUGAGGUGUCAGACGUUCAAGAAAUGGAUCAAGGAAUGGAUAACAGGAAUAAGGAAAAACCUAGAGUUAGGUUUCAGGUGUCUUCAAAAGGGAAGGUAAAACCAUCAGAGAGUAGAACAGGGAAAGCUCCAUUGAAGGCAAAUGGUAAACGUUCUAGAACUGCUACUAUGAGAGAUAAUGAUGAUGAUGGGAAUGUGUUACAAUAUGACCAGACACUAGCUGGAACAUUUGCUGAUGUAGCUGAUGUGUUUGAUAACUGUGGUGUUGUACAUAUACACAAGAAUGUGAAGGUAGUUGGAGGAAGUCGAGCUGAGGAUCAUAUGUCUAGGUGUGCGAUAUCUGACGUGUACGAGUUUAACAAAAACUCUCAGGACCUUGCUGCUCAAUGUGAACCCAUGUCAGAGUCAAGUGAAGAGGAAGAGCCUCAACCUCAGAAAAAGAGGCGUGGUCAAAGUGCUCCUGUAGAAGAUCACAAUACUGCACGAUCAGUGAUGAUUGGAAAUACAAAGUUUUUGAUUGGUCAGACUCCAAAGGCUUUUAGACUAACUGCACAAAAGAAAAGGGAAUCCAAGCAUACAAAGGUCACACCAUUGAGUGCAAGAAUCAAGAAGAUUGGUCCUGGUGUUAGUUUUCUUGAUGAAGUAAUACCAGACAGUGAAUCUCUAAGUCAGAAAAAUGAAAAAUCUGACAAUCUUAGAUCAAACAGUGACACAGUUGAGAGCAGUAUUGAAAUUGGCAGGAAAGUGUCUCCAAGAAAAAGGGUUCAUAGAUCACCGAAUAGUAAAUUGGUGAAAAAAUGUAAAAUUUCAUCAAAGGGUGUACAUGAAACUGUCCCACAAACCUAUUUUGAAGACUUUGACAAUUUGUUGGAGGAAAGGUAUAAGCAAGAGAGAGAUGCAGAUGUUGAAGAAAGUGCUGACACUGAGGAUUUACUGGAUGAAAUAGGGAGGACUGUUGAACAUCUUGAUGAUUCUGUAAAUGAAGGUCAAGUGAAACGUAAAAAAGUCGCAGAAAAAAGAAACAGUGCCAAAAAUUUCUCCAUUUCUUCAGUGUUAGAUGAUGUAUUUGAUGGAACAUAUUCUUCAAGCAGGUCCAGAAAACCUCCUCCAUCUAAGAACAUUAAAACAAAUUCGCCAGUUAAAAGAAUUGGAAAAGUAAAGGAAGAAAAACAUGAACACUUGUCCUCAGAUGAUGAUGAUCCUUUUAAACUAGUUGAUGAAAUAUUUAGUUGUAACAGUAAUAAAAGAAAACAAGAUAAAAAAUCAUAUGAAGAAGGUGAUAUCACUAAACGUGACAUAAACAAACGUAACAACUCUGUUAAAGCUGAAUAUAGGAAAGAUAAUGCGGAAAUAGAUGAUGAUGAAGUGAACCUUGAAGAUAGUACAUUAAAGGAUGAUAAUUAUGACUGUUUUGACGAUCCUAAAUUAUGGAAAAAGAGGAAACGUGAAGCACCAGAUAAAAGAAACGUUGUUGAUCGACUUAUACACGGUAGUGAUUCGGAUUACAAUGAUUUAUUUACCAGUGGGAAAUUGAAGAAAAAAGAACCAAAAUCUUCUGCUAGAAACGAUAGACUAAACUCGGAUAAGUCAGAUCUUGAUGGAUCGGCUAGUCUGUUUUGAUUCAGAAAAUUGGAAAGAAAUACAUAUUCAUGGCCUGUUUUUAAGUCAGAAAGUCGGAACUGAAUAGUUUGUUUUGACCUUAGAAAAUCAGUAUUGGAUGAAUCAUUUAGUUGGUUUAUUUUAUUAGACAAUUGAAUAUGUUAGAAUUAAACAUACUGUUUUAGUGCCAAAAGAAUUUAGAAUGAAAUUUUAAAAGUUAAAUAUUGUUAUCAGUAUUUAUUUUUGUAUCUACUCUUUGUGAAAAAAACUUUUAAGCAUAUGUGUCUCUUAAACCAGCUUUUAAUAUGACUUACCUAAAGAAAAAUUGAAAAUUUUAGUGAUUCAAUUUUUAUCUUGAUGUCAAGUGUUUGUCUUAAUGAAUAGGGAACAUUUAAUUUCUGUACUGAAAUAUUUUACACGCUGUUUAAACAGCAAUAAAAUAAUAUUAAAUGAUA